UACAGGCUGAGAAGGGAACGGAUUGCUAAGCGAGCUAGCUGCAGCUUCCCGAUCACAGAGUGGUCAUGUUGCACGCGGUGGGCUUUAUUUCGUGAACCUUGCGUUGGAGUAUCUACCUCGCCCACAAGUUGGCAAAGGGACUUGUCUCUUAAGUGGACGACGGAGCCGGUCCGUGAGUACAGCGCGUCUGAGCCGCUCAAGUCAACGUUAGCUGGCCUAGCCAGACUCGGGAGCUCGUCUCCCAAAACAAGAAUGGGCUCUGCGUCCUGCUGGAUUCGCCUGCUCGGGAAGUGACCGCCGAUCGUUUUUCCUAAUGGCAAAUUUCGCUAAUUACCAGGAAGGCAAGUCAACAAUGCUGAUGCUGGACUCGCAGCAGAGGGACGUCGGGACCAAAUCUGCGUCCACAAACGGAGACGGCUCAGUCGGGGAACCCCCUUCCCCGUUAAUUAAUAUCGGCGGCGGAGAAGGCGGCUCUCGUUUCCAUCAACAUGUACCUCCUAACCACCUCCACCACCACCUCAGCCACCAGCUGCCAAAGGAGCAACAGCAGCACCAGCUCUACCAGCAUCUUUCUGGGGAAAACACCGCGGAGUCUCCGGGCAGGAAAGCGUCCUCGUCGUCGCUCAGCCAGGUACACGCCGCCGAGGAGCCCGUCGCUAGCAGCAGCAGCAGCAGCAGUGGCCAUGUAUACGCGUCUGUCAGCGUCACAAAUACCUCAGACGUCGUGGAUGACAUUCGGAAAUGUGGAUAUUUAAGAAAGCAAAAACAUGGACACAAACGUUUUUUCGUCCUUCGGGCUGCCAGUCAUCUCGGGCCGAGCCGCUUGGAGUAUUAUGACAGUGAGAAGAAAUUCAGGAGCAGCCUGCGCUCUGCCGCUGCAGCUGCAGCCAGUGGAGGAGCAGUCGCCCCCUCUUCCCCCAAAAGAGUUAUUUACCUCUACCAGUGCUUCACAGUCAACAAAAGGGCAGAUUCCAAAAACAAGCACCUCAUUGCCCUCUACACUAAGGACGAGUAUUUUGCAAUUGUUGCUGAAAACGAACAAGAGCAAGAGGAUUGGUACGUAGCGGUCAGCGAGUUGAUGAGCGAGGGCAAGAAGGGACAUUUAGAUUCAGAUGAUUUGGAUGAUGGAUAUGGAACCGUCACUCCUGGUACCGUUUUUAAGGAAGUGUGGCAGGUCAACGUGAAACCAAAAGGACUGGGACAGACGAAAAACCUUACAGGUGUAUACCGACUAUGCCUCUCGACUAAAACUGUUCACCUUGUUAAGUUGAAUUCUGAAACGCCAUGUGUUAACCUGCAGCUGAUGAAUAUCAGACGCUGUGGACAUUCUGAGAGCUUCUUCUUCAUUGAAGUGGGUCGCUCGUCCUCCAUUGGGCCUGGAGAGAUUUGGAUGCAAGUGGACGACUCUGUGGUGGCCCAGAGUAUGCAUGAGACCAUCUUGGAGACGAUGAAAGCUCUGAAAGCAUUUGCCGAGUUUCGGCCCAGGAGCAAAAGUCAGUCAUCUGGUUCAAAUCCGAUGCCUUUUAUUACAACAAGACGGCACCUUGGUAACCUGCCACCGAGUCAAACAGGGCUGCAACGGCGCUCCAGAACUGAAUCUGUGGUUGGCACGCCACCGUCAAGUAAGAGCUCUGGUGCAAGUGGUUAUCGCUUUCGCACGUCCAGCGAGGGAGAGGGGACGAUGAACCGACCGUUCCGCUCCACAACAGGUAGUCUGGUUCACCUCAACUCGGCACGUGCGCACCACGGUCGCGGGGAAGGCGGAGCAGGUGGAGUCGCCACAGGAAACGUUGGAACAAACACAGGAGGAAGUCGGUACAUCAGACCAAUCCCAGGCUCCGCAUCGACAUAUCACGCCCGCUCUGCAUCGCUUCCUGUCUCACAUUUUCCCUCCACCACCAGUCCUGUCAGUGUCUCCUCCAGCAGUGGCCACGGCUCUGUUUCAGAUACACUUACCCGCCCGUCAAGUGCAUCGAUAUGUGGGUCUCCUUCAGAUGGUGGGUUUAACUCAUCAGAUGAGUACGGCUCCAGCCCUGGUGACUUCAGGUACUUCCGUGUUCGGAGUAACACACCAGAUUCUCUUGGCAACACUCCACCCAUCAGAGAGGAACACUGUCUAAAUGACUACAUGGCUAUGGGCUGGAGCCGUGAGGUCUUUGGUACGACUGCAGGCUCCAGUACUAACGUCUGUGGUGAUGCACCGAGAGAUGAGAGCACUUCGACCGCUGAGGAUGAUCGCUUCUCUUCAUCGUCUCUAAGGAGGAGGACUCACUCUUUCACCCGACCUACUAGUGGUGCUGCAGGAGUGGCUGUGUACCAGAAAAUGACGCAGACUAACUACUCUUUGGAUGAGGGUUCGGAUUUGGUUUUGCCAUUUGGAAGUGGUCUACAGCGUGGUGGACCGUCGUCCUCUUCUUCCUCUCUCCGUUCUGACUAUAGCUCCUGUUCAGAACACAGCCAGCAAAGCCGACCUUCUACGCUUUCACGGACAGAAGUCAACAACGAACGGCCUCCUCUCUCAUCGUCUUCAGCCAAGGAGGACUGCGGCUACAUGCCUAUGAUGUGUGGUGUCGCUGCGUCACCACGGGACACUCCCCCUGACUACAUGCCUAUGCAGCCAAGUUCCAUUUACCACUCUCCUCUGCUACAGAGUCCAGCCUUAGCCCCCAGAGCACCCCACCUUCACUCUCAGUCUCAGUCUAACACAGACUCCCAUGGCUACAUGAUGAUGCUUCCUGGAGGCAGUGGUGCUUCUUCCUCUCCUGUGCAGGCCACUCUCAGCCCUCAGAAUAACGUCCCUGUCGUAGGUGCUGUUGGAACUGACAGCACCACUGAGAGACCUGAGAACGGAGAGUACAUGGACAUGUCAUACAGCAGCAGUGGAGGACGCAAACUUUCUAACGAAGCAAGCAGCGGUUACAGCACGCCUGAGGGAGCCUACAAGUCUUAUAGUCCUUAUUUCUCUCUGCCUCGUUCCUAUAAAGCCUCUACCAGAGAGAAAGAUGACAGUGAGUAUGGGGAAUAUGUUCCCAUGAAUUCUCCUGCCAAACCAGUGUAUUCAUCAGUUGCCACUGCUUCGUUGUCUACACCAGAAAAGAAAGCAGGGGGCAGUAAUACGUCCACUCCCUCUCAUCCACCACCUCCUUAUGGGGCUCAUCAUUCAACCACGCCAUCAGCAGACAGGCGUGUCACCAGACCAAACCGCCUCCCUCUUGGAAGGAGAAGUUUUCAUGGCCCAGUACGAACUUCUGAUACUACUGCUGCAUCUGCUGGACGCAAUACUGGAUGCUCGUCUGAAGGACCAUCCAGUCCAGGGGAGUAUAUCAACAUAGAGUUUGGUGAGCACUACCCCCACCAACAACAGCCGCCUGCAUACCCUUUUCCUAGCCAAAAUGAAGCACCUUCUGGAGCCAGCGGUGACCGUCUUUGCUCCCCUCCCUUACCCCAAGUAAGCCAGGACUACAUGAGUGUAGAAGUGGGAGUCGACCAGCGUGAAAGCUGUAGCAAGAGCCAGUCACCCAGGCCUAGCCUUGUGGCUCCGUGGAACCCACCCAGCUACAUCCGCCCCCUGGCUACCAAUCAGGGAGCCUCUCCUGGCUUGUCCACUGGUGGUCACUGGAAGUCUGUGGGAGAUGACUACACAGAAAUGACAUUUAGCCUCAGUGGAAGUGAGAGAACACAAACAAGCCCUACAGCAAUGCUUCAGCAUCUAUGUGUGAUGGAGGAACACUAUAGUCACACCCCCUCUUCUCCCCUCCCUCCCUCAAAUCCUGUCAGAAUGUCGUCUCAACAGCUAGAACCUAAGGUUGUGAGAGUUGACCCCCAAGGCAGGAGAAGACACAGUUCAGAGACCUUCUCCUGCACGUCUUCUACUAAUUCAACUCCCUCUGGUGGCGGUCAAGCAACCCACCCUUCACCAACUGAUCCUCCUGCAGCAAAUGGCUCGUACCUAACGGAGAGCCAGACAGCUAGAUGGACCAGCUCUGCGUCUUUUGAUAGUGUGUGGAUGUCCGUGGAGGGGUUGGCAGACCCUGCUGCUGUCCGCACUCCGACAAGGGACUUGGGCCCUGCCUCAGCAUCUUCAUCAGCAGCAUCAUCUUCCUCAGCACCUGGAGUCAACAGAAUGUGCAGGAACAUGUCAAUAGGAUACCAGAAUGGACUCAACUACAUCGCUUUGGAGCUGAGGGAUGAUGCAAGUAAUGAAGCAGCUGCCACAUCAGGAGCUGGAGGCAGCAACGGGAUUGUGGCAGCUGGUACAGUGCCUCAGCCAGAGAACGCAGCCUACGCCAGCAUAGACUUCACCAAAUCUGAUGGUGUCUCGACGACGACAAAGGACUAAGAGUGGACAUCAGAAGCUCUUCACCAACUGCCCUGCUCUUCCUCAUCUCUUCACCAGAGGCGCACGACCCUGCCUGUGAUCUUUGGCCUUCUUCAAGACUGCUACAGUGCCCCCCGUAGGGCAACUGACGGCAAACAGAAAAACGCUUGCAGUUUUUUUAAUGCAUAUAAUGAGUUGUUUCAGAAAAAGAAAAAUAUUGUCCCAUCGCUACCGUCAGUGCUGCUGGUACGUCCCGCCCACCUGAUCCACGGGGGCGGGGAGGGGGCCUCGCAAGUUCCAAAAAGGGAGGCUGUGCGCAAAGCGAAGAAUGGUGGUACCCAUUUGCUUUAAUAGAUGACUUAUUUUUUUUAAUAACCCAAAUGUCAAGCAUUGGCAAUAUAUAUAUAUGUAUGGUACAGUAGAGCCAUUGAGGUGAAAGUGAAAAUAUGUAUAUUUUUGAUUAUCCCUUGUACGGUACAAGCUCGUGGCUGGAUCCAUUUAUGCUUCAGAAUGUUAGGGAGGGCCAGUAGAUUUGCCCGGCAGCUCAAACAUGCCAGUUUUCUGAAAAGAAUUCAUUUUGGGUCGAUAUUUUUUCAGCCACUGUGCUCCAUUGCAAAAUUGACUGCUCUCCUCGUGCUAUUUAUACUUUUCCGGUCCUGGUACAUUUCAAUAGUUUGUUGUCGGAGAUGGCACGCAGGAGGGUGGGAAUAUUGACGCCCCGAAAUGUGUAUGGUUUCACAUUCAAACCCAGUGCUAAAGUUGACACCUGACUCGUGGUGGUCAUUGUUUAUUGUGAGACGGUACAGUCAACGCAGACUGUUUUUUUUUUUCCUUCUUUUUCCUGUAUGCACAUUUUUAUCACUCAUAGGUCAUCAAGUUUCUCCUUCGCUGUCAGCAAAGUGUGUAUUGAAACGUGCCUCCUCCGAAAAUGAUGCUUCAUUGUGACUCUAAGAGUCGACUUCACCACCCAGCAGGUCGUGCGCAUUGCACAGUCUGGGUAAAUGGGAGAGUGGCGCCAGUCCAAACAUCACUGUGAACACGCUUAAAGCACAAAAGUUUCGACACUGCGACGCAACACAGGCUGCAAGCGUGUUGUAAGGAAAUAUGCAGACCUCUCUCACCAACACACUGGUGUAUGUCGUGAAGUCUCGAGGAUGGACCUGCAUCUGUAACACACCCAUGCAGACCAAAUGAGGCCAGUUGGUCCUCCUGGUCCUGGUUUCUGCCGCGGCAGAUCCUGAUGAUGCCGGAGAUUUUUCACACGCAUGCAGAGCAGCUUGUUCGUCAGCGGCGCCGCGUGACGUAAAGAGGUUUCCAGUAACAUGAGCCGCCCUCUCAGCGCCGGGCAUACUUGCCCUGAAACGUCACACAGCCUCACAGGGACGGCUCGCCGACAUCAGUCAGCGAUGCCUCGUCUUCCUCACAUUGAUGCGCCCUUAUUUAGCAUUUCUGCUCGCGCUACUCUCCCAUGACGACUGUUGUCGUGUGACUGACGGCAAAUUUCGGUCCAAGGAAUUUCAAGUCGCUGGUUUUAACGCCACGCUGCGGUUUCUUUUCCAUCUAUCUGCUCACUCUUUUUUUGUUGAUUUCUAAUUUGUUUUGACUGAUGAAGGCACGUCACUCUUACACGGCUUUUGUGUGGGACCCUUCUUUGUCAGUGCAGAGGAGCGAUGCACAACAGGGGGUCGGUGAGACGGAGGUGGGGCUUAGGAACCCUCCCUUGCGGAUGUAAUUGUAUGGCGGUCAGAGGCAAACACAGGUCGUGUUUUACACAAAGAAAUAGAGCGAGUCCCCCUUUGGUUUGGAGUUGUGGUAGAGCAGAUGUAGACUCUAGAGCUGGCUCCCCUCAUAUGACCUCAUGUUUUGAGAUAAAAUGCUUAAGCAGGGCAAAAAAAUCAUUUUUAGUAUGCUACGGCUGCUGCACCAGUCAAACAGUAGGAGCGGAUAGAGAUAUUUUAUUUUUCAAUAUUAGAUUUUUUCAGUCUUCUGAAAGGGGAAAUAAGUUAAAAGAGUUUGUACAAUACAUGCAUAAUUCUACAUGUGUAUAUGUAACUAUUUUCUUACAUAAUUGCAAAUAAUCCCUUUGAAUGUGUUAAUUUAAUUAUCGUUUUUAUUUUCAAAGUUGAUUAAAAAAAAUCUGCAAAAUUAAAAAACUUAGUUUUAUUCAAAAUAAGUUAAAUCUGAUUUAUUUUUCUAUUAUAUGUGCUUAAUUUCUGAUGCUACAUUUCAAAAUUGACAAGUGAAAUUCACCCUCCAUUCUUCUCCGCCGGCGUUCCUUCCUUUGAAUGGAAAGCGUGUAAGAGUGAUGCAGUCUGUUGGGGAGCGUAAAGACCGUUUCUUGUCAGCAGAGCGUCUUCGUGUGGAGGCGCCGCAGCCGACUGCUUCCUUUGUGAUUGAGUUGUGACGCCUCAGACCUGUAUGUGAUUUUUGAAUAAGCGCUCUAAUUGGCCUUCCAGCGAUCAAAGACACUGAAGUGUGAAAGUGUUCUGUACUGCUGCACCCUGUCCCUCCGAAGGAUCCCCCUGAAUUUCACACAGUAUUCGUCAUUAUUCUUCUCCCUCAUGUGUGGUUGCCUUUGUGUUGAACUUACGCCCUGUUUGAAAUGUUUUACUAUCACAACAAUCAAAACCUCAAAAACUGUGCUAAGGUCUAAAAAUCAACUCUUAGGAUUUUGUGUUUGAGAAAUGAAUGAGACCUACAUAAUAUAUACACACUAUAUUUAAUCCUCUGAUGACUUGGGGCACUGCAUUCAUAUGUGUAAUUGUGUUUCCUUCCUCCGCUGAUUUGAUUUUUCAUCCAUGUAUUUAAGUUUACUGAGGGAAAUACAUAUUUUUGUACUGUAUCUUUAAAACUUUUUGGUCCUCAAAGCAACCAUACAAAGCAGUUUUUUUUUUUUUUUGAUACAUCGGCAUCUUUGUAUAAAGAAGUAGGUUGAAACUCCGGCCGGAUGGUUGUUGUUUUUGUAAUCAUUUGCUGCCAGGUGGUAGAGUCGGAAAUGUUGGCAACCCCGGUCACGUGUGGCUGUCCGGUGCCGCUUCGUGAUCCUUCCAAGAUGAAGGACCCAUAGACGGACCAGCUGCUCUACUGUACCCUGCUAUCUGUCCUGACAUUUCUGCGUAGAAUGCUGUUUGUUUUUUUUGUUUUUUUUAUGAGCUUUACAUGACGGGAGAGUUUCAAGAAUACUGUGGAGGUGCUGAUCCUUCGUAUGUGCAUUAUUUUUCAGCCAUGUACGUCCAUUUAAAAUGUAUAAACCGAAAAGAAAGAUGUGGUGCAAAUGGGAUCCUCCUGUAAAUAAGGAAAGUUUUUUUUUUUUUUGUUUUUCUUCAUGUACUUCUCUGCGCCUUGGCAGGUCCCCCACCUUUUUUUUUUUCUGAUCGUUUCUGUUAGGGGAAAGGGAGGGCAGAGGCAACAUGAGCAUCGGCAUAGUGUUUAUAUUUAUCAAUACUUUUUUGCUUUCAAUAGAGCUAUUGCAAUAAAAUGUGUUCAU